AUGAAAUACACAUCAACAAAGACAGCAUUGUUUUGUCGAAAAGAAUUUCUUCGAAUAGCGGCUCAGAGUCAUGAGAUUCAUGAAAAUGAGCUACAAGGUUACCUUGCUGUCAAUCCAUUCACUAAACCCAUUCACAGGGAUUAUUUCGAGAUCGAUAUGAAUGGAGAGAUCUAUUUGAUGCCUCGAUCAUCAUUUCAAAGAAAAGGACACGUAUUUUAUCCAAUCAAUUACACAAUUCAUUCAAAAAUUUGGCGCUUUGGGAAGAAGAUCGAUUGCUUGAAUUUGGCGGUGAAUCGAUCCACAACUGAUUCACGUCGAAAAAUCGCCCUAAUAGACGUUGAGAAGUUGGCCGAUUUGCGGGAUCUUUUCAUUAAAUAUGGAGCGAUUCCGAUAUUAAUGGAUGGAACAUUAUUGGGUUGGUAUCGUGAAUGCUCGAUCAUUCCCCAUACAAAAGAUGUCGAUAUUGCAAUUUUUGAAGAAGAUUUUCCAUUUAUUUUGGGUGAAACGUUACCGAGUCUCAAUCUAACAUGGCUAUACCGAGAUGCAAUACUUGGAAGGCCAAAUGACAACUACAUUUUAAAAUUGAAAAUCUACGGUCAGACAUCGUUCAUCGUUGACACUUAUGCAAUGUAUUUGGAUGAAAAAGAGAAUGUCAGCUUCACGACAGCUUUUGAUUCCGCGGAUUUUGCGAAACUGAAAACAACGUAUCCAAGAUUAGACACAUUGUGUGCUGUUGAUCUGUUGAAUCACAUCUUUCACGCUCCAUGUAACACUAUUGAUUAUCUUCUGGUAGAGUUCGGCUCAAAUUGGACAGACGAUCGACCAUCGAAUAAAUAUCACUGGAGAAAUGCUCCAUUGAACACGAAGACUUAUGGAUAUUUCAACAAAUCCGAGAAAUCAGAGAUCAUGCGAAUCUUCAACGAGUACCCAAGGCAAAGAAAAUAUAAAAGAAAUAAACCAGUAACGGAGGUAAAAUUCAAAUUUCCUGGA